CAAACUGCAGAUUUUGAAAAACAAAUCAAAUUACUGUGUCGUUUUCAUUUGCAUUUUCUACAGUCUACACAAAGAAAUUAAAACAAAAAUGGUUUUAAUCUCUUUGGUCUGCAUAACUGUAUUCCUGUACAAAUAACGUGUGUUAAUGGCAAUGUGGUGACGUAUUAUUGCGCAAACCAAUUAAUGCGUUAACAGUUAACGCAUGGAGAUAUUCCAACAACGGUUACGAAACCGAGCAUUGUAUUUUAUGCAAUACGUAAUUCGAAAUAGUUAGCAUAACUAUCCAGGGUGCUAUAAAACGUUAGUGGCUUGCGCAGCUGACCUUUCGUACGCAACUUCGCAACUGGACAUUUUAGUUACACAUGGUUGCACAAAAUAUUACACAGCUGUUGCGGAAAGUUUCUGUCAAGUUCUGCUCGCGUGUUUGGCAUAGUUACUGUUUGGACUCUUUUUGAGUGCCUUUAAUUUGCAUGAUACCUCAAAAUGAGCAGCAGAAUAAUUCCUGGAGUAUUUCGUAAUGCUACGAGGCUAGUUAACGUGAGCCUACGUUAUCAAUCACAUCAAAAUGUGAGGCUUUCUUUAUCGACAACUGCUUGCCGUCCAGAAGCUGCAAUUAUUAGUGGCACUCAACUUGCAAAAGACAUCAAAAAUGAAGUAAAAUCUGAUAUAUCUAAAUGGGUAGAAAAAGGCAACAGAAAUCCAAACCUAACUGUGGUUUUGGUGGGUGAAGAUCCUGCAAGUGCAACCUAUGUUAAAAACAAAAUAUCAGCCUGUAAGAAAGUUGGAAUACAAAGUGAUACAAUUACGAAAGACCCUUCAAUAACACAAGACGAACUUCUUAAUUUGCUAGAUAAAUUAAACAAGGAUAAUGCCGUUGAUGGUGUACUGGUCCAAUUGCCUUUGCCAGAUCAUAUAGAUGAACGUACUAUUUGUAAUGCAGUGGCCCCUGAAAAAGAUGUAGAUGGCUUUCAUAUAUCUAAUGUUGGUCGACUUUGCCUUGAUCAGCCUUGCUUGUUGCCUGCCACACCUGCAGGCAUUUGGGAAAUGCUCAAGCGUACUGGAAUAGAGACUUUUGCUAAAACUGCUGUCGUAUGUGGAAGGUCAAAAAAUGUUGGCAUGCCAAUUGCAAUGCUGUUGCAUACAGACCAUAGACAUGAAAGAGCUGGUGGAGAUGCAACUGUAACUCAGACCCAUCGCUAUACACCAAAAGAGCAGCUGAAGAUGUUUACAAAGUCGGCUGAUAUCGUUGUUGUAGCAGCUGGUAUACCCAACCUAAUAACAGCAGACAUGGUGAAGGAAGGAGCUUGCAUAAUUGAUGUUGGAAUCAACAGAGUCAAGGAUGAAGCUACAGGGAAGUUCAAGUUGGUCGGGGAUGUGGAUUUUGAUGGAGUGAAGCAAGUUGCUGGUCAUAUAACGCCUGUGCCUGGUGGUGUAGGUCCAAUGACUGUUGCAAUGUUAUGCAAAAAUACCUUAAUGGCCGCACAGAAAAAGAUAGCUUAUUAGGAAAAUUCUGUAACUGUUUCAUGAAUCGUGAAAAUCGCAGUUUUAGCACAUUGGCUGUAUUUUAUUUGUAUUUUUUAUGGUGUUAGUGAACUUAAUAUUUAUAGAACUGUAAAGUGAACAUGUCAGGUAAACCUUUUACAACAUAUUUCUUCAUAAUUUUUACAAACUUCCUUUUUAUACACAACUUGGGAUAAGUUGCACUAUAUUGCUUCUUCAUGCAUCAACAUACCGCCAAUUUAUCAACAUAGUUUGUAUGUAUUGGAUAUGAUAAACAAUGUGUUGUUACUAAUACUGUACUGUGGCCCAUUACCAUGUCAACUUUAUUAUUAGGCAAAGCUGUAGUUUGACAUUAGACCACUUCCGUAGGUAAAGUAAAUAUAACAAGGUGUCCUGUAAAUAAUUGUAUUAUAAUCACUUAUCCUCUUUUGGAAAAAAUACUUAACGUUUAAUUACUGGUUAACAUUUUUUUCGUCUAAUCUCAUCUAAAAAGUUCAAACUUAUAUAGGGUGGAUACCAUUUACAACAAAGGUACUAACACAAGUUCCAUGUUUGUCUGUUUUGUCACUUGAUUUCUGUAACUUUAUUCAUAUUUCAAUUUUAAAUCAGUUUUUAACAAAUCUUUUAAUGUGAUUUAUAAGCGAUGGUAAUCAGUGUUUUAUACUAUGAACUAAUAAUAUAAAACUAAUAAAUUCUCCACACUAAUUUCA